UUUGCAGGGAUUGCUGGGAAGAAGAAGGAGGGUGUCGAGCUUGGGACUUUGGAAAGGCAGUUUUAGUCAGAGCCUGUUUGAAAAGAUCAUCGUCACCAUGAUGGAUGAGGAGAUACAAGAGGACCACAGCAAGCUGAAGCAGGGCCUAGUCAAAGUCCUCCAGUGCGUGGCCACCAUCUCGUCGGCGGCGGCCGUGGUCAACCCCAUCUUCGGCGUGGCGGGCUCCCUGAUCCGGGUGGUGCUGCACCACGUGGACGAUGAGGACAUCCGCACGCUGAAGCGCGAGUUCGGCUCCGUCCACCAGAAGCUGGACGAGCUGUCCCAGCAGAACCGCCGGACGCUGGUCCAGAUCGAGAAGGAGACGCUGGACGGCCAGUACUGCCACGUGGAGGAGAACCUGAAGAACCAGUUCAGGAAGUUCAUGGCCAUGGUGGAGGCGCGACCGGAGCAUCGCGACGGCAAGAAGGACGACUUUGAGGAGAGCUACGCCAACGACCUGGGCGACCAGAACCUGCACACGCUGUACGACGGCGUGGUGGGCAAGCGGAAGCUGUUCAGCCGGCCCAUCCUGGAGGUGUACCUGAAGCACUCGCAGGGCGACCGCCGCGUCAUGGAGCGCCUCUGCACGCGCCUCACGUACCUGUUCUGCAUCGGCCUCAUCGCCCUGAUGGGCUACUCCGCCAUCAUCGGCGACGACGAGGAGGGGCUGAGCGAGGAGUGGGCCGAGAAGAUGGAGCAUGUGCAGGAGAAGAUGCAGGAGGCGCUGCGCAGGUGCACAUGAGGAGGAAGGGAAAGCUUAGCAUUCCCACUUCAACUCCCGCUCUCUCCGUCUGCAUAAUCUCCUUUUACCGCGCGAACCUGAAGGCAACGUCUGCCAAAUCCUGCUGCACGCAAUCAGGCUGUUGAUUGGCUGCUUUCACAUCACAGCCAAUUAAAACAUGGAGCUAAAUUCACAUUAAUCCAAUAAAAACAUUUAGAUUUAAUUUAGUUUUUAAAAAAGCAUUUAGACACAAAUGUGUAUUUUUGGGUCAGAUCAGAAUCUAAGAAACAAGAAAAAAAAACACAAAAUAUUUUGUGUUUAAUUUUUGUUUAAUCAGACAAAACUAAAAUAUAUAAGCUUGUUUUAAGUCAAUAAUUCAUGUGGGAAGAUAAAGAAAUACUAGUUCCACUGGCAGAUUAUUUUCACCAGCAACAAAACAUUUUUUCUGUUUCCUGUGGAAAAAUCUGCCAGUUCAACCAGCACUUUCUUUGACUUAAAAUAAACUUAUUACUCAUUUAUUCCUUUUUAACUUUGUUUCUUUUCAAAUGUGCUAAUAUAUUUAGAAUAGAAACUGGAGGCAUUAUUUGGUAAGACCCGGUGUUUUUGCAGAUAACGUCUAUAAAUAUCAACCCGUCUAUCAUGAAACUGCUUUAAAAGCUGCAUCAACAUGAAAUAUCUGCAUGUUGCAUCCAUCAUAUAAAUAAUAUUUCAUCGUUUUUAUCUUUUAUAUUCCAUGAAGCGUCAGUUAAAGUCCAGUUUCAUGAUAUAAAAUCACUUUUCGGCACUUUGUGUUGGGAAGCUGUUGCCAUAGUAACCACAGUUUCCAGAAUGAUGAAUGUAAAAAAAAAAAAUAAAAAAUUAAUAAAAUCACCAUGUAUGACUUGUGAUCACACUGCCACCUUCACGUUCAGUUAUGUAAUUUCUUUUUACAUAUUAUUAGUCGUUAUUAUGAGCCGAGAUCUUUAUUUAGGUGAUGAAACUUUAUAUUUUAGUAAAAGACACUAAGUGAUGAAAAUAGGAAAUUGCUUUUGUUUCCAGUCACACUACACUUUCUUAUUCUCUGUUGGGAGGAAAUCAGUUUAAUUUUGAUGAUUGGAUUAAUCUUCUGUGCAAUUUUUGUGUAAAAAUCACAUUUUUGUUUCCUGUCUGCAGCUUUUUAAUGAACAAGGAGCGGCACCAAGUGUUGGUCUCUAAUGUCUGACAGAGAAUUUUUUCUUUUAACCUGUAAGAAUUCACUUGAUCAUCACUUUUCUUUCUUUGUCACUUCCUGUUUUCUCUUUGCCUGUUUUUUUUUUUACCCUGAGUGCCUGAAUGUGUCAGAACCUGCUUAUUUUAUUUUUAUAUAUUUGAUGCGCCUCCGGGUGGGGAGGGAGGUUGAGCCUGCAGACCACAGUCCAGAUUUAUUGUCCAUAUUUUGGGGUUUUGUGUUCUUGAAUGGAACCCGUCCUGCUCGGCUCUGAGCGGAUCGGGUUUGUGGUUCUGGAUCGUCCCACUUAUUGUUACAACACUAUUAAAGCUUAAAGCUUAAAACUGGACCCUGAACGUCUCCUGACAUGUCAGAUAUGUGAAUAUGUUCAUGUUUUUUUGUUUUGUGUGGGUUUAUAAACGUUUGCAUCGACAUAAAUAAAGAUGUGAGAAGAAAACUUA